AUUAAUCACAAAAUUCACAAUUCAUAGGUUUUGCCCAAAACAAUUCUUUUCUUCGUGUUCCCAAACUCUCAAAAGAAGAAAAAAAAGGUUCCUUUGAACAUUUUUUCACCUUUCCUCCCUUUCAUUUGCCCGGCAACGAAAUCUCUUCCCGUAGAAGUGUCUGAGCUUUGGAAUGUAGAGAUGGGAGAUUCUUUUGGGUCCUUGAACAGAGAUAUGGGUGAGGGGACGAGUUCUGUUGAUCGAAUCUCUGAAUUACCCGACUUCAUUCUUCAUCAGAUAUUGUCAUAUCUUUCGACGAAAGAGGCCGCUCAAACGGGUCUUAUAUCCAAGAGGUGGCAAUAUGUUUGUAAAACAUUUCCCAUCUUAGAUUGCCAUGAAUGGUUUUUUGGUAGAGAAUUGGAUAUACUUAAUCCAAAAGAGCUUGGGAUGCCUAAGGAUGAGCGCCGCAAGAUUUUUAAUCAAAGAGUAAAGUUCAUGAGUUAUGUUGAUGAGAAACUGCAGCGAUUUCAUGAGGAGAAUCUGUGUGUAAAGAAGUUUCUUCUUCAUAUAACCCUUGUAAGUAACAAUUUGGCUUCUCGUGUUGAUUCGUGGAUGGAAUUGGUUACUGAUUUGCGUGUUCAAGAACUAGAUAUAUAUCUAACUGUAGGAAGAGAAAGGUUUUAUGUUUUGCCUAUGAAGGUCCUUGCAAUGGAAUCAUUAACCAUUUUAAAUUUAAGAGGUUGUCUUUUAAGCAGCAGUUUCAACAGGGAUACUUUCAAGUUCUCCUCUUUAAUCGAACUACAUCUUAGGGAUGUCUUUAUAGAUGAGGCAACGAUUCAGGAUCUCAUAUACUCCAUCCAUUCAUUGGAAGUAUUGACUUUGAAAAAUUGUCUUGGUUUUGAGAAGCUUGAAAUUUAUGAUCAUGAUACGCUGAGAAAGUUGGUGUACCAUCCUCACAAAGGCGUGAAAGCGAAGAAGCUAAGUGUUAAGGUAUUGAAUUUAGAGGAACUCGAUUUCUGUAGUGUUGAUAAAGAUAAGACAGCGUCUGAAAUCAUUAUCGAUUCUGCUUGCCGGAAUCUGAAACGUUUGUCUUUGUCUGGCAUUCCCAUUGAUGCAAAGUGGCUACAGAGCACGAUUUCAUCCUUUCCCUUACUGGAGCAUUUGUUUUUGGGCGGAUGUGUAUUGCAAGUAGUGAUGAAACUUUCAAGUCCAGUUCUUAAGGAGGUAUAUAUUUGCAAUUGUAGAAAUCUGGUGGAAGCAGAGUUUGAUACACCUAAUGUAAAUUCAUUUGAAUAUAGCGGCAGGAACAUGCCUCGCUUAAAUUCCAACAGUGUUACUGGUAACCGGGUUGCCAAACUUUACGUUCAUCUCAAAAAUAUGAACACUUCUUGGUUCAUGAGAUUGAACAACUUUCUUCGAGAUAACAAAUUUCAAGACUUGACGUUGUCUAUGACUGCCAAAUCAGGUGAAGAGAUGCCCUUUAAUGCAGAAGAAUAUAAUGGAAUUCAGUUUCCUCCCCUAGAACUCAACAGUAUGAAGUUGGUCACACAUACAUGGACAUCAGCCAACUAUGUAGCUCUUUCAGAUGGCUUAUUCUGGAGCUUACGUCCUGAAAUAUUGUCAUUAGAACUUAAUUAUUAUUCACCUGAAUUUUUGAAGGGGAUGCUGAAGAGCUUGGUGGUUGAAGAAGAACCAAAUCGUUGCUGCUCUCAGAAGAAUAUAAAAUGUUGGCGUCACUCGUUAAAGGAUGUAAAGUUGAUUAAUGUGAAAGGAUUUGAGAGUAAUACUUUACUCGACUCCAAGACACUGAGCAACUUGACUAAUUUCUUGGAUGAUUGGGCAAUUGAUGCCCAGAGAACUGUUAAAUCUUAUGGAGUUCUCACAGGCGAAACUUUAUCUUUUCGUUUUUCAUGGUAAAAUUGUAACAACUUAUGUGACAAUUACUCCUCAUCUUAUGAUGUACUCAUAGGUGAAACUUUGUUUUUUUCAUUUGUAAAUACCAAAAUGCUGUAAAUUCCCAACGACAAUUACUAUUUGAUCAUCUUUGAGCA